CACGGCGCCACAAGCUGUGGUGCUUGUCGGCGGCAGAGUCACCGGAUCAUCAGCAGCCGCGGCGCCGGUCGGCGAACUACCGGCCUAGCUCCUGGGAUUACGACGCCCUUCUCUCACUCAAGGGCGGCGGUGGCGGUCGUGAUCUGGGACGGAGCUAGCGGACGGGCAAGCAGCGCUCAAGGCUUGCCUACCGAUGCCAUCCCUCUACAGCCCCACCUAAGCCCCACCUUCUUUUUUUUAUGCAUACUUACAUAUACUAGGGGUCACACUAGAGUUAAAUCUCCGUAGAAUUUUGUUCAGCCUGAUCUAAAUUUUUUCCUGGCUUCGUCGCUGCUAAUAAGACUUUACAUUUCUACCCCAUAUGGUGAAUUAUAGGUGUGCCAAUUCAGCCAUGAUCAAUUGAAGAACAGUGUAAAGGAUAUGCUACUCGGUAAAUCAGAAGAAUCAUCUUGUAAGGCAACUCUCAUUGGUACAAUGCAGCGACUAGGCAUCUCCUACCACUUCGAGGAGGACAUCCGUAACAUCCUCAGCUCCAUCUCUAUGGAGAUAGCCAAUGAUCGACGCGUGGAUGAUGUUGCAUCUAUUGCCUUAAAGUUUAGGCUGCUCAGAGAGAAUGGGUUUUCCGCUGACCCAGGAUUAUUGUUGAAGCACGAUACAUAUGCAAAGCAGUGCAGCAAAGGGACGCUACAGAGGGAUGUCAAUAGAUUUCUGUCGAUAAAUGAAGCUUCAUAUCUUGCUUUCAGAGGUGAAGAAAUGCUAGAUUUAGCAAGAAAAUUUUCCACUAAAGCUCUUAAAGAUCUUAUGCCAUCCAUGCCUCCCCACACAAGGAAACGCGUGGCUCAUGCGUUAGACCUUCCAUUGCACUGGAUGGCUCCAAGGCUAGAAACAAGGUGGUUUAUUGAUCACUGUGCAGGAGACAUUGGCUUGCACCCAUUGCUUCUCCAAUUUGCAAAGGUAGAUUUCGACAAUGUGCAACGUGCGCAUCAGGAAGAGCUUGCUAGACUAACAAAGUGGUGGAGGGACAUUGGGCUUUGUGAUAAGUUGACGUUUUCAAGGGAUCGUUUGAUGGAGUGCUUCCACUAUGCAAACGGGAUUGUUUGGGAGCCGAAACAUGGAGCAUGCCGGGAGAUGCUUGCUAGAGUUGCUAAUCUAAUCAUUCACUUGGACGACGUUUACGAUGUCUAUGGAACACUAGAUGAACUCAUACUUUUCACUGAUGCCAUUGGACGAUGGGAUGAAAAUCCAUGUGAAAAGCUUCCUGAAUACAUGAAAGAACUUUAUUCCGUUAUAUAUGAUACAACAAAUGAAGUUGCUGAAAACAUUUUGAAGAUACACGGUUGCAGCAUGCACUCUGUUCUGGGGAAAGCGUGGCACGAUAUUUCUGUAUCAUUCUUGUUGGAGGCAAAAUGGCACCAUGGAAGCUACAGACCCACCCUCCGAGAGUACCUGGACAAUGGGGUGGUGUCGUGCUCUGCACCAUUGUUGUUGCUCCAUGCUUUCCCUAUGCUCAAUUCAGAGCUCAACGCAAGGACCUUUUCUCUGAUCCAGAGCAACCCAAGAUUAUUGCAGUCUGCUUCAUUAGUUUUGCGUCUCUGCAACGACUCCGCGACUCACUCGCAGGCAGAGCUGCAGAGAGGAGAUGCUCCAUCAUCCAUAGCUAUCCAUAUGUCCGAGAGCGGUGCCACUGAGCAAGAUUCUCGUAAGGCCAUGGAAGACCUAAUCAUGGAGGCAUGGAAGACAAUUAAUCAGGAGGCAUUCGGCAGCUGCAAGUUCGCGAGGCCCUUCGCCAAAGCUUGCGUGAACUUGGCUCGCAUCUCACAAUGCGUUUACCACAGGGGAGACGGCUUCGGUGAGCCCAGUGAUGUAAAAAGGAAACAAAUUAACGACUUGUUCUUGGAGCCUGCGUACAGUUGAGUGGAACCACAUAGAUCUGGCCCUGAUUGCUCGCAUGUGGCGAGGACGCUGGCGUGGUGGUCCUAUAUGUACGUACGAUUAUUAUUGUGCUUUGCCCUUGGAUGCCGGUUGUUUGGUUGCUGCUGCAGGAUCUGCACGCACAGCAAGAUGUUGGCGUUUGGUUGCUUGUGUGCAUGGCUCAAUGCAAUUAUGCAUAACAAGAUGUUGGUGUCAAAGUAAUUUUAACUUUCUCAAAUGUCAUCAGAAGAAGAGAUAAAUCAAUGGAGAAGUGAGGUUCUACUACCUCAAGUGUUUCGGUUA